AUGACUUCCCCCGCAUUUCUAACCCCAGAUCCUACAUGGGACGGGGAUUCUGCAGAUGGGCUUCUUCUCCUAACUGUCCGAUUCUCUGCCUCGAUUCCCGACUUCCCUCUUGACAUCGAGAACCCUGAUAUUACCACGGCUGCCGGCUUGAAGCAAUUAAUCCGAACGCACCUUCCACCGAAGCUCUCAUCACAUCGCCUCCGUUUGAUCUACGCUGGUCGUGGUCUGGAAGAUGCCACCCCACUGAGUGUCUCUUUAAGGCUCCCACCUUCGCCUUCUAGAACUCCCGUCGCACUAGACGAUGCUACCACUGCCACGGGGAAGGGCAAAGCGCCCGUCCGGGAGCAGCCCCGGCUCUACAUUCAUUGCUCAAUAGGCGAUAUCGUUCUAUCUGACGCCGAUCUAGCGGCUGAGGCGGCAAUAGCUACCACACUCCAGCAAGAGUCGACGGACGAGACUUAUACAGGUAGACAAAAGCAGCAACAGCAGCAGCAGCAACCUCCGCCGUCCACUACGUCCGCCCCCCGCGGUUUUGAUCGGCUGUUAUCGGCGGGGUUCACCCCUUCCGAGGUGUCGGCGCUGCGAUCGCAGUUUAUGGCGAUCCAGUCUGUAUCGCGGACGCCGGAUACCAUGCCCACCGGGGCUGAACUGCGCGAGCUCGAAGACCGGUGGAUGGAUGAGGGAUCGUCCGCGAUGGCUGCGGGCGUGGGGGGCGGAGGUGAAGGCAUUUCCUUUGCGGAUGAUGAUGGCGGCUUUGGGGCUGGCUCCCGAGGUGCCAUGGACGAUAUGCUUUGGGGCGCGGUGAUGGGGUUCUUCUGGCCUGUGGGGUGUGCCAUGUGGUUGAGGAGGGAGGAGGGCGUAUGGAGUUGGCGGAAGGGUUUGGCGGUCUUUGUCGGCGUUGUCAUCAAUGUUGCAUUUGGCGCUAUGCGCAUUAUGAAUUAG